CUCACACCUGUCGGUGUCUGCUUCAUGGUGGCCUCCUCUGUUCUCGCUCGGCCAGAUAUACAGUCAGAUUUCAUUCAACUGAGCCUUUUUAUUGCAACUGUUGUCCUUGGCUUGGCCGUGCACUUCAUUUUUGUGAUCUUGGUGCAGUUGAUCGCAAGCAGGAAGAACCCCCUCGACCUGCUAAAGUACUGUGCGCGUCCCUACUUGAUUGCCUUCGCGACUACUAGCCCGGCCUGCGCCGCCGGUGAAGUUAACGAAGCGCUGGACAAGUGUGGUGUCAAGCAACUCGUCUCGCAUUUUACAACUCCAGUGUGCGCCGUCAUGAAGGGCGAUGGACCGGGCGUUUUCAUCGCUGCCUCCUGUCUCUUCCUCGCACAACAGGCGAAAAUAAACUUGAGCAUCGGCCAGACGUUUAUUGUGCUGUUUCUGACCUUCGCCUCUUCAACAGCCGUGCCAAAUAUUCCCAGUGCAAGCAUUGUUCUGGUAAUGACAGUACUCUCCUCCAUCGGAGUGCCCACUGAAGGCGCUGGAAUUAUCUUCGCUGUGGAGUGGCUUUUGGAUCGCUUUCGGUCUGGAAGUGGCGCCUUCUCCAUGAUUUACGUGGCUACCACAACCGAAGCUCUCUAUGACAAACUUGAGAAGAAACAGAACGUUGAGGACGCAAGCGACGUAGAGCAAAUUUCUGUCAUCAGCUGA